ACUUGUUGUUUUGGUGAUAAACAAAUUCCAUGACAAUGCUUUCGUAUACAAUUUCGACUGAUGGAAUGUUAAAUCAAUUCCAAAUAGUUUUACAUCAAGUCGAAAAACGAAUUGAAAAAUAUCAAAAAGAAAUAUAAAAUACUUUUUAAAAAUGGAUGAAUCUGCAAAAUCUAUUCUCCCUGUUACAAUUGAACCGAAACAUGUUUAUGGAAUACGCUCAGAAGUAAUUGGAAACAUACAUUUUAAUUUGAAUCAAGAAGUCAUUUAUCCAGUAGAAGGUGUUUUAGCAUUUCAUGACUAUGUUAAUAACAAGCAGAGGUUUUUAAGAUUGCCUACAAACACGACCCCAACAAUAAUUGCCCUCAAUUCAACAAAAAUUUUAAUGGCAAUUGUGGAAAUAAACAGUACUGAAAAUCGAGAACAAACCAACAUAGCCAUUUACGACUUGGUGGCGUUCAAGAAAACCCAAACCUAUCAACUUCCACAAAAUGCUCGACACAAAAAAAUUACACGAAUAUCAUUCACAUGCGAUUCCAAGGCAUUGGUUCUUCUCACCGAAUAUCCUGAUGAAAUGUUGUAUAUGAUAUUUUUUGAUAGACUUGGAACGGUUGUUGAAGGUCGUGCAGGCAAUACAAAUCGACGAGGAAUGGCCAAUCAUAUAUCCUGCAAUCCUCAAAACUCAGACCUUGUAGCUGUUUGUGGCGAAGGAGUCAUGAAGUUGAUGGUGAAAUCGGAAAAAAGUUUCAAUUUUAUUGGUGAUAUUAAGCCGAAUUUUCAUGCAACUUCAAUAGCAUGGAUCUCAGCGGAAACAUUUAUUCUUGGAACAAAACAGGGACAACUUAUUGUUUUCAGCAAUACUGUUAAACUUAAGUCUUAUCGUGCUGUUGAAGACGAAGCUCUUGAUAUUGCUCCCGAGUCUGAAUGUGAAAGUCAAACAAUUCAUGAGAUUCCAACAGUUAUUCCAAAUCCUUUAGCUAAAAGUAAAGCUGUUGUUUGUAUGACUGCAUUUGCAAGAGGAUUAGCAUUUGCUGUUUUUAAUCAAGUUUUUGUAUUUGAAAAAAUUUCGAAAGUGAGAUAUGAGAGGAAGACGAUAUUGGAUAUUCCAAUGACCAACUAUCCUGAGGAGCUUUAUCAAAUUACUAACUUGGCUAUAAACUCAAAACAAGACACGGUUAUUGUCACACCGAAACAUAAUCAAAUUUAUGUUGGAAUUCUAAUUGUUCCUGAAUCAUUAGAGACUAAAAUGUUGCAAUUUCAAACUCUGGGCGAACUUAUUCACAUCGAUGAAAUUCUUGAUAUUUGCAUGUGUUCAUGGAGACCGAUUAUUGUAACGUCUUCUAAAGACAAGACAAUUCGAGUUUGGAAUUAUCAUACCGGAAAAGUUGAACUUGUCAAGCGUUUUCCAAUUGAGGUGACAGUUAUUGAGCUUUACGCUUCUGGCCAAUAUGCGGCUGUGGGUUUUAUUGACAAAGUCAAAAUUAUGCAGAUUUUUAUGAAUGACUUAAAUCUUAUUAAGAUGUACAACUUUCCAAACUCAAAAGAUAUCAAGUUUUCCUAUUUCGGUCACUUGAUGGCAACAGCUUAUGAAAAUUGUAUUGCAAUAACGUCAGUAUUUAAUUUGGAAACUCUCAAAACUUUGAAAGGUCACUCUGGAAUGGUUCUAACAUUGGCUUGGUCUAGAAAUGACAAAACUGUCAUCUCGGGUGGUACUGAUGGCGCCCUCUAUCAAUGGGAUAUCGAAACAGGUGCCCGGUUGCAGGAAAUCAUUCAACCAGGAAUAGAAUAUCAUGCCUUGUGUGUUCCAAAUGAUCCUGAUUGCUUUUAUGCAGCCACAAACACUGGAAUUAUCAGAGAAAUCAAAAGUUCCAAAAUCGUUCAUGAAGUUAAAAUGCCUUCCAAUUCUCCUUUACAAGACAUUGGUUUGACACGUUCUGAUUUGGUAAUGUUUGCUGCCACAAAAGGAGGUCACUUGUAUAAUGUACAUAUGCCACUUUCCGAUCCAGCUGCAGGAGGAACUUUAACCAAGUUCUCUUUCUUUGACUCAGCUAUUACAAAGCUGAGAUUUUCUUACGAUGGGACUCUGCUGAUUUCAAGCUCAGCCAGUGGAACUUUAGUCAUUUGGCAAUUGAAAAAUAUCGAAGGAAAAGUGGCUGCCAUUGAUCAAGAUUUGCUAAAAAGCCAGGAAGUUUUGAUACCUCGUCAAGAACUUGAAGACAAAAUUGAACAUAUAAAAAUGCUUGAAACACGUCUUAAAAAACAAGCUGCCGAAUUCUACAAAAAGCAAAGUCAAAAUGAAGAAAAUGAACAACAACAAAUGGCCGACACACAUAAAGGCUAUUGUGAAGCUUUGACAGAGUUAAAUUCCAAAAAUCAAGACAUUGGGGUGAGACAUGUUGAAGAACUAACUCAGAUAACAUCACAAAUUGAUGAGCUAAAUGCUGAGCAUAAAUUGACAAUGGAAAACCUAUCAGCGCAAUAUUCAGAGCGUAUGUCAAUGGAGUAUCAAAAAUUCGCUAUUCUUCGAGAGAAUAUGCUACAAAUAAGAGACAGUUAUGAAACAAAGCUGAAAAAAAGUGAAGGCUGUCUGCGUGAUACGGUUGAGGCAUUAGAACUUGAUUUUAAGAAACAACUUGAAGAACGUCAAGAGCUCAUACGUCAGUUAAUGAAAGAAAUGGAUGACAAGAAGAUUGAGUUUACUGAAUAUUGCCGCCAGGUGGAGGUGGAGAAUGAUCGUAAAAUGAUUGACUGUCAGAUUGAAUACGAGAAUAAAGUGAAGUUUGAACGUGACGAAACGGACAAAUGGCAGACUCAAGCUAAUGUCUAUCAGUCUAAAUAUGACAGCGUGAGAAAAGAAUGUGAUGGACUGAUUGACGACGUUGAAAAUCUAAAAGAACAGCAUUUUAAGUCAAAAUCAGUUAUUUCUGAACUCAGGGAUGACAUAAGUGAUUUACACAGGGAUGUGACAGAUCGUGAAAAUGCGAUAAAUCUAAAAGAAAAAAGAAUAGAUGAAAUGAUUUUGAAGAAUGAGGAACUAGAAAAAUAUAAGCAAGUUUUAAAUCACAAAAUAAACGAACUUAAAGCUCAAAUUGAGCCGCGAGAAAUGACAAUUGUUGAAAAACGAAAACAGAUUACAGAAAUGGAACAAGAAUUGACUGGUUUACAAAAGAAUAACAUUCAGCUGGAGCUUCAGUUGAAAGAGCUUCGAGAUAAGUGUAUAAGUGUGAAUGUAGAGUUGAAACAAGAACGUACUAGAGCAAAGUCAGCAAGAUUGUGUGUCACUGAUAUAUGCACAGAAAUAUAUCAACUAUCUCAGAAACUAAACCACACUGAUGAAAUGAAAGAAGGAAUGAAGGCUUUAUUUUUGAAAUACUCCGAUGAUGAUAUUCUUAAGAAGUUUUCAGCUCUAGGUGGCCAACAGCAUGCUGAUUUCCAAAAGCAAAGAGCUCACAUUGAAAAGAUUAUGCUUGGUUGUAAACAAAAGAUGGACGAGAAGGCUAGCCGCGGCAGUUCAAAGAAGCUUCUAACUGAUAAUAGGAUUUUAAAAGAAGAAGUGGAGAAAUUAAGACAGCAAGAUGAAAAUAUGAAAAUUGAACUGAAGAAUUUAAGAAUUUUAGUAGAUAUCUUUAAGAAAACCAAACAAGGUUUUCAGCAAUCUGAAGAAGGUCUAUUGAAAUCUGAAAAUAUACAAAACUAUUUUGAAAAGAGAAUAAUAAAUUUGAAGUCGGAUAUUGAACAACUGGUAAAAGAAAAUGAAAAAUGUAAGAAAGACAUUGGAAUGAAGAGAAUGAUGCUAAAUAAAACAGAUUUAUAAACAAUAUUGUUAAAAGAUUGGUAUCACGCUGUGUUCUUCGAUUAUGCCAGAAUCAUCGGCAUAAUGAAAUAAGUUUGACCAACCUUUGGAUGAUUUUGGAUAUGGCAGCGCGUCGGUCGCCUUGUCUAAAACCUUUUAUUACAUCAAAGGAAUCGAUGUGGUUUUUAGCCACCCUAAUGGAACUGCAUGCAUUUUUCAUCGUUGAACACUAGCUUCAAUCAUUGGAAUACGUAAACCAGGAAUUGCCUUAAACUUUGUAUAAUUUGAAAUCGAAAAAUUUGUAAUGGGUAUCGACUUUUUCCAAUAUCUACCGUC